AAUGAGAAAAAAAAAUCCAAGAUCUCACCUUGAUGAAGAUUGAGUGAGCACUGACCGAUAAACUGACCGCCUUUCGAGCCUAGGACACAUGACUCCAUUACGCAUGCUUUCAUCAAACGCAUGCGUUUUGGAGUUGAAAAUUAAAUUAAAUCAAAACGCCAUCUAUUCUGUUUUACCGCUACUUUAAUAAACGUAAUCAAACUUUUUUGAGGUUAUCGAUUGAGAUCAAAUGUAAGUGCGAAAUGAUACAAGGACAGGAAUAGCGGCAAAUAAAUAAUUUGCAUGGAUAAAUGAAAUUAUGAUCUCAAUAUAAAGUCGUCGAGGCAAAGUAAUCAUGGCCUUGUACGAUAAUAAACAUUGGCUUUUGUCACACAUCAGGGAUAGCUUCAUUUCUACAGAUGACACAGGUAUGUGUGAAAUGGUGAUGCUGGGAGAAGAUAUACCAAAGCAAUUAAAAGCCAAUGGUGCAAGGUGUUAUCCUGGACUUGAAGAAAGUGAUGAUGAAGAUCUGGAUGCAAUGUCAGAGUCUUAUGACAUGCAAAUGGAUAUGGAAUUUGGACACCGACCAAGAUCGAAUACAGCUCAGAGGUUGGAAAAGAUGGAAAUGGAAAGAAAAAAGUCCGCCAAAGUGAAACAUAUUAAGUGGGAAUCGAAUCCUAUAAAUAUGACCGAAGAAGAAAUAUCUGAAUUGUUUCAGAGGAAAGAUUUUCGUAAAAAAGAUUCAAAAUCAGUAAAAAAAGUAUCAUUAUUAGCUGAACAAUUAGAAAAAUCUCCUCAUGUUCCUACAAAUCCAUUCAUAGAAUAUGCUAAAUUUGAUGGCAAUGCACAAAUUGGUAUUCCCAUUCGUAAGUAUCGAAUAUAUAUGUGUAUGCUUCCGAAAGAAGAACGAGCAUAUCCGUUUCAAGUUGUCGUCAUAGCUACUGCUAAAGUUCAAGAAUUCAUUGGAUUGAUUUGUUAUAAAUAUGCUAAUGAACAUCCUAAUCAUACGUUAAAGGAAGAUAUUUCGAAAUAUGGAUUAUACAUUACCGAAGAUGAUGGAGAAGUUGAUUUAGACUUUCCCUGUCUAGAUCCAAGAGAGGUAAUUGCUAAAUUUGAAUUUUCCGCAUUAGGUUUAGUUGAAAUGCGACCGUGUGAUCGAGCACGUCAUGAUCCUAUUGAGCCUGAAAUAAACCCUAAAGCAGAAGAAAUUAGAGAAAUGGUUAGGCAGGAGCAAGAAAUGUUUGCUGAAGAUUUAGCAAGGAUGAAAGGCCAUACGACGGCUAUGGAAGCUCCAUUGUAUCAAUUGUACAGAGUAUAUAUUAUUAAUAAAGUGAGAGCAAAGACUGAAAUUCAUCUUGGUAUUUCCGGCGAUAAGAUUGAAAUAGAUCCUGUUAUCACUGGAAAAGGUGCCAAUAGAUUUUGGAAUCGACAAAGAGCUGUUAGUUAUCAAAUGGAAAAUAUAGCUUGGUGUGAAAUGACUGAAAGCAAAGGAUCAAAAACUUCAUUUACAUUGGUAUAUACUACUAAUCAUCCAUCACUAUCUGACAGUUUUACAGUUUCGUCAGUACAUUCGCAUUCUUUGCAUCAUCAAUCUACGUCAUUUAAGACACAUGAUUUUGAAGCAGAAACUGCGAUAGCUGAAGAAAUUGUUAGGAAAAUCAAUCACAUUUUAGAAUUACGGAGUAGUUCUGCACGUAAAGAAUUUUUAGCUCAUAGAGAACGAAAAUCAAUGAGAAGAAAAAGUUUUCAUCUACAUAGAUGACCUAAGUAUUGGCUCUAUCUAUUUUUAAUUGUUCCAAAGACAAAAUCGUUGAAAAUCUAAAGAAUCAUCAAUAAUCAAGUAUCUUAUAUCAUGCCACAAUGGAGUUAGCUCAACUAAUUCGCUCUUAUUAAUCGUGAAGAAAAGAAUGAAACGUUGUUAGUCAUUACGUUUUGUGAUUUUAUUUUAUUUUAAUAAAGCUACAUCUCGUUAUCAUUAUUACAUCUUACAAAUAAAGAAAUAUUGAAAUAUAAUGCUGUUUUAUGAUAUAGAAAUACAUACCUCUUUGUGGUAAUGAAAUUUGUAAUGUUAGAAAUUGUUUUAUUUAUAAUUUAUUGUCAUGUAAUACGGAUAAAUUUUUAUAUUACUUUUAUGAUUAGUAUCAAGGAAAGCUGGAAGAAUAACGAUAGUUAUCGUACAACUUUUUAAACCCAUCAAGUCAAGUAGUGGUGAGAGCGGUUAACAACAAUAUGAAUAGAUACUUGACUCUUCUUCGCUCGCGAAAAAACAUUCGAUCAUUGUUUGAUAAAUGAUAGGUAUCUCAUAUGUCAUGCCCUUUAACAAGUAGGUAAUCGAUAAAAAAAUAUUCUCGAUUAAAGAUAUUUUUAAAAUUUAGGAGUUCCAUUGUAAAUUUAGCUACUCUUUGAUCUCAUU